CUUUUCUGUUGUACUUGUAAGUUGUUACUUGUUCUGUCGGACUGGGGUUCGUACUCUGUUGUCUGUACUCUCAACUUUAUCCGGUCUUUACUUUUUUUAUUGUAAUAUGGUACCUAUUGAUUGUUUAUUAUAGUUUCACUUCUGAAGUUCUGACGUGUAAAUUACCACACUUAUAUUCCAGCAAAUGAUUUUUAAAUUAAAUACAUCAUGAUAAAAUUAGAUACAUCGUACAGUUUAGGUUCCAUUAUUGAAUCCAAUUUCUUGGGGAUUUCAAAUGAUGCCGAGCCGGAUAAUGUUAUUGUCACCUUAUCGAAGAACAUGGUUACUUGUUUUCACAUGCCAAGUCAAAAUCAGGUGCAUUGUUGGAGCAGUUCCGAUAAAUUGUCUUCUGGAGUGAUAUUUGAUCCAUCAACUAAUUGUUAUUAUGGUGUUUUUAACCAUACUAGAAUUGGCAAAUGGUUACGUAGCUCUUUAAUGAUGAAAGAUAUGAAGAAAUUUAAUUUCACUGCAAAAAUUAUUAAACUUUUAACCAGAUUAGAUUAUAAAGGAGCAGUUGCGGUUUUUGAAAAUGGUCAUUGCGAGUGUUUAAAAGAAGCAAUUGGUAAUAGGAAAAAAACCAGAGAUGCUGUCAUUAAUGAUGGCGAAACAAUUGAGUUAGCUAAAUUAUGUAUAUUCAGGACAAAAGCUAUAUGUAUUAUUGUGUCUGUUGAUAGCAAGAAUAUAAAAACAUUACGAUCUGUGCCAUUAGAAGAUACUUUUUUGCCAAUUAAUUUACAAAUAUCUUUCAAAAACAAAACUGACAAAUUACUUGGUUAUUGUGUUAGAGAAAAUUCUGAUUCACUUAAUGUUUUAACGUUUUGGUCUAAUGGUUACUUGUAUUCUAACGAGCUAUACGCCGAAACUAGCAGCAAUGAUUUUCCUGGUAAACAGUUGACAGAAAUAACUUUAGUUAAUUCAAACAAACAAGUAACUUUAAUUCAACUAAGUUCAGAUUGUAUUGGUCUUUAUGGAGCAGAACCAAAAGGCGAUGGAGCUGCUUUAGUAAUAUACAAUUUUCAUUACAACAUGGUAGUUGCCGUACAACAUUUUAAAGUCUAUACCAACCCUCCCAAUUUAUGGUGUUUUGGAAAUCAUUUACUCUUAGUAACGGGUCAAAACUUAGCAGUGAUUCCUUUUACAUGUGAAAGGAAUAAUUUAUCCUUGUUAAUGGAUAAUAAUUUAAUUAAAAUAAAUGAUAAAUAUGAAGAAACUGAAUGGGAUUCUUAUGCAAAACAAAAAUGUGUAGAUAGAAUUUCAACUUCAGCCUUAUCACAAUCAAAAUUAAAUGAAAUGAUAAUAACUGACCAUAUUAAUAAUAAAAAAGAUAAAUCAUUGAUUCGGUUACUGGUUGAAAACAACGAUAUUAGCGAUACUUCCUUAGUUGAAAUAUUGUCGUAUUGUAGUUUAAACAUAACAAAACAUUCAAAUCUUUUGUUAAAAUUAUUUGCAUAUCCACCUUUAAAUAAACCAUCUUGUUUACGGCGCCAAUUACCGUUUGAGAAUAUGCUGAUAAUUAUGAAUACUUUAUAUUCACUUAUGAAGGAAAAAUUAAUUGAAGAAAGAUUAGUUGAUUGGAUGACACUGAUGAUAGACUGCUCAUUUCAACAAAUAUUAUUGUCAAAUGAUCCUAACGUACUUGAACUUAUUAUAAAAGUUCAAAAAGAUAUUAAUAGCAAAUGUGACUAUGUGGAAUCAGUAUAUAAUAUAAACAACACAAUGUGUGUUAUGAAAAGUAAAAAUAUUAACAGUAAGAAACGAGAUGGACCUGUCAAUAAUUUAUAUAAAAUUGAAACAAUUAAUUUAUAUUGAGUAAAUUUGUAUUUUAAAAAUAAUACUUGUUUUUUUUUUACAUCUACAAGUUGACCAUAAUACUAUAUGCAUAUAUUCCAGUGCAUUACUUUGCGUUUAUUGCACUUAGUGUGAACUAUUAGUCCAUCUAUUUUUUUUUUUUUUUAUUUGAGGUCAUAGUUUUUAUGAGCCAGAUUGAAAGCGUUGAUAUACAAAUAAUCGUGUUGUUAGUGAAGAAUAUUUUCAUUGAAUAUAUUUUAAUGUUAUUGAAAAAUUAUUUUACAGAUAUUAUUGUUUUAUUCCGAAAUUUAGAAUUUUGUUGUAUUAUGUACAUGUGUUUAAAUAACAUGGCGAGAUAUAUGUAUCAUUGAUCAGUUAAUGAAUAAUAAUAUUACCUACAAAUAAAAGAUUUUUAACUUUGUUAUUAUUUUUCAACGAGUCAUAUUAAUAAAAAUAUCAUGUCAUA